AUGUCCUCUGAUAGUCCGAAAGAGAUCACUGUAAAUAAAUGGGAUAUUAGUGCACUAAAACUAGCACUUGAUGAUGCAGCUAAAGAGCUAUUCAUGAAAAAGUAUGGUUUACUGGAGACUCACAAACUUUUUGAUGGACGAUUAAUAUUAUGUACAAUAUCUGUUCUGAUAGCUGGUUUUGGAGUUUUGUUUGAUUAUUUAUACCCACAUCCUCAAUCAAGAACAGUACUGAUAAUCUGUGUUACACUUUACUUCUUUCUGUCAGCUAUAAUAACACUGUAUGUAAUGUAUGUUGAGAAGAAUGUCUUCUUCACUGGACUCAAAGAGGAUAAGACAGGAUUAGAUCCAAGUGAUUUGUGGACAGUAUGCUCACACAUGAACAAGUAUGAUCCCACUUAUCAUUUUAGCUUAACGGUAUGCGAUGGUGUUACCAAAAAAGUCAAGACGCUUUCCGUCGAAAAGUCCGCAGCAGAAUUCUUUAACAUCAAAGGUGAACUACAGAGAAAUCAGUACGACGAAUUUUUGCACAAUAUGGUGUCUGACGUGUAUAGUGACAAGAAAGAUCGUUAA